UGGACCUGAAGCCUGCAAAGCAGGGUCUCUCUCUGAGCUAUGAACCCUCUGCCUUUUUGCAGCAGGGCAGGAAAGUUGGAGGAGGCAGCUGGGAGGAAUCCGCAGGCAUUGGGACCAAGGGGACAUCAGCCUGACAGUGUAUCCUAGCAACAACAGGCACACCUGGAGGCCUGAGUAAUAGCAGGACCAAAAGCAGAGGCAGACCUGAAGCUCAUUGUCGCAUCUGAGUGGGAUCUCUUCUUUUAAACAUAAAGCAGCCCUUUGUCUAUAAAGAGUGCUCUGAAGGAACUGAAGCUCAAUAUGGGUCUCUCUAUGUGGGCCGUGGCCUUGGUGACCAUCUUUUUGUUCCAUCAAGAUGCUAGUGGUGGACUCAUCAAGAGAAUUAUUCGGCAGAAGAGGGAAACAGGGAUCAAUGUGACAUUGCCAGAGGAUAACCAACCUGUGGUCUUCAACCAUGUCUACAAUAUUAAUGUCCCAGUAGGCUCCCUUUGCUCUGUGGACUUAGACCCCUCCAGUGGUGACUCAGAACUCAAGUUUCCAUCUGAGCCAGGCAAGCACUAUCAGGAGCAUACAUUGAAUGAAGAAAAUCAGAUUGUUUUCACUCAUCGGAUAAAUAUCCCACGACGAGCUUGUGGUUGUGCAGCGGCCCCUGACAUCAAGGAACUACUCAACAGACUUGAGGAACUAGAAGGACUGGUAUCUUCUCUGCAGGAACAGUGCAGUAGUGGUUCAGGUUGCUGCUCCAGUGGUCAAACAGUGGAAGGUCCCGUUGAUGCUACCCCCUACUGCAGUGGACGAGGCAACUACAGCAAUGAUAUCUGUGGCUGCAUCUGUGAACGCGGCUGGAAAGGACCAAAUUGCUCCGAACCAGAAUGCCCACAGAACUGCAAUGACAGGGGCCAGUGCAUCAAUGGCCAGUGUGUCUGUGAUUAUGGUUACACUGGCAAUGAUUGUGGGGAGCUGGCAUGUCCUGGGGAUUGCAACGAUCAAGGCAAAUGUGUCGAUGGGAAAUGUGUGUGCUUUGAUGGUUAUGCUGGGGAUGACUGCAGCCUUGAGGUCUGUUUGGUGCCCUGCAGUGAGCAUGGGAAGUGUGUGAAUGGGCAAUGUAUCUGCAUGGAUGGUUUCACUGGGGUGGACUGCAGCCAAUCCCUUUGCCUUAACAACUGCAAUAAUCGGGGGCGCUGUGUAGAAGAAGAGUGUGUGUGUGAUGAAGGCUACACCGGUGAAGACUGUGGUGAGCUCAUUUGCCCCAAUGAUUGCUAUGACCGGGGUCGUUGCAUCAAUGGCACCUGCUACUGUGAAACUGGGUUCACUGGUGAGGACUGUGGGGACCUGUCCUGUCCAAAUGAUUGUCACCAUAAUGGUAGCUGUGAGAAUGGUGUGUGUGUGUGCAAUGAAGGGUUCACUGGAGAUGACUGCUCUUUACGGAGGUGUCCCAAUGAUUGUCACAAACAGGGACGCUGCAUUGAUGGGCAAUGUUUGUGCAAUGAAGGUUUCAUGGGGCCAGACUGUGGGGAAGUGAGGUGUCUCAAUGACUGCCACAAUCAGGGGCAGUGUGUGAAUGGCCAGUGUGUGUGUGAUGAAGCUUUCAUGGGGGAGGACUGUAGUGAACUAAGAUGCCCCAAAGACUGCAAUAACCAUGGCCGGUGUGUUCAUGGGAAAUGUGAAUGUGAUGAAGGUUACAUGGGGGAGGAUUGUGGAGAUCUAAAAUGCCUCCAUGACUGUCACAAUCAGGGCCGGUGCAUCAAUGGGCAAUGUAUAUGUGAUGAAGGCUUUGUGGGUGAGGAUUGUGGCAAGCGCAGGUGUCCCAAUGAUUGCCACAAUCGGGGCAAAUGUGUUGAUGGCCAGUGUGUAUGUGAUGAAGCUUUCACUGGGGUUGAUUGCAAUGAACUGCGGUGCCCCAAUGACUGUAAUGGCCAUGGACGCUGCAUUGAUGGGCAAUGUGUAUGUGAUGAAGGCUACACAGCUGAAGACUGUUCUGAACAGACUUGUCCCCAGGACUGCAACCAACGUGGCCGCUGUGUCAAUGGGGUCUGUGAAUGCAACGAAGGCUUCCUUGGUGAGGAUUGUGGGGAACUAGCUUGCAUCAACAACUGCAACAACCAAGGCCGUUGUGUGAAUGGACAGUGUGUAUGCGAUGAGGGAUUCACCGGCGUGGACUGUGGCCAAAGGAAAUGCCCCGACGACUGCAACAAUAGAGGACAAUGCAUUGACGGGGUGUGUCUGUGUGAUGAAGGAUAUCAAGGCCCUGCCUGUGGUGAACAGUCCUGCCCCAACAACUGCAAUGAUCUUGGUCGCUGUGUAGAUGGGCGAUGUGUCUGUGAAGAAGGCUACGUAGGUGCCGACUGUUCAGAUGUAUCCCCUCCUAAGGAUUUGAUGGUUACUGAAGUGACAGAUAAGACCAUAAACUUGGAAUGGGCGAACGAAUAUGCAGUCAAUGAAUAUCUCAUCACCUACAUUCCGACUAGCGUUGGUGGCUUAGAAUUGCAGUUCCGGGUGCCUGGAAACAAAACAUCAGCCACCAUCCGGGAGCUGGAACCUGGUGUGGAAUAUUUCAUCCGUGUUUUUGCCAUCCUGAAGAACAAAAAAAGCAUCCCGAUUAAUGCCCGGAUUGCUACUUAUUUGCCUGCCCCAGAUGGCUUGAAGUUCAAAUUAAUUAAAGAGACUUCUGUGGACGUUGAGUGGGACCCCUUGGAUUUCCCAUUCCAUGGGUGGGAGAUUAUCUUUAGAAGCAUGAAAGAGGAAGAUAACGGGGCUAUCAGAAGCAGUCUGAAGAGUCCUCAGACAUCAUACCUGCAACAAGGCCUUGCACCAGGACAGCAGUAUAAUGUAUCUCUUAUUAUCUUGAAGAACCAAACCAGAGGACCUGCUGUGUCAAGAAUCGUAACCACAAGACUAGAUGCCCCCAGCCAGAUCGAAGCAAAGGAUGUUACAGACACUACUGUACUCAUUACAUGGUUCAGACCCUUAGCUGAGAUUGAUGGAGUUGAGCUGACUUAUGGGCCCAAGGAUACCCCAGGGGAUCGCACGUCCAUUGACCUCGCAGAAGAUGAAAGCCAGUAUUCCAUUGGAAAUCUGAAGCCACACACUGAAUAUGAAGUGACACUAGUGUCUCGGCGUGGAAUUAUGGAAAGUGACUCCGUCACUGAAACAUUUGUCACAGAUCUGGAUGCUCCCCAAGAUCUGAAACGCAUCUCUCAGACAGACCGCACCAUCACUCUGGAAUGGAAAAACAGUCAAGCAAUGCCAGAUGUUUAUAGAAUCAAAUAUGCCCCCCUCUCUGGUGGAGAUCAUGCUGAGGUCACAGUGCCCAGAAGCACCCAGGCUACAUCCAAAGUUACACUCUCUGGCCUGAGACCCGGAACAGAAUACGGCAUUGGAGUAACUUCAGUGAAAGAGGACAAAGAGAGCGUUCCUUCCACCAUCAAUGCUGGAACUGAUCUGGAUAGCCCCAAGGAUUUGGAGAUCACUGACCCUACGGAAACUGCUUUUACUUUACGCUGGAAACGACCCCUGGCCAAAAUUGAUCGUUACCGCCUUAUUUACGUAACCCCGCUGGGGAAGAAGAAUGAAAUUGAGAUUCCAGCAGAGAGCACAUCUCACAUCCUCAGGUCGCUAGAGGCUGGAACAAAAUACACCAUCACCCUUGUGGCUGAAAAAGGCAGGCACAAGAGUAAGCCUACUAGUGUUACUGGUUCUACAGAAGAGGAACCUGAGCUGGGGAAUUUAUCAAUCACAAAAGUCCACUGGGACGGAUUCUACCUCACCUGGACAGCCGCAGACGGGGCCUAUGAGACUUUUGUCAUACAGGUGCGGGAGUCCAACCAGCCAGAAGAUACACGGAAUCUCACCCUUCCAGGGACACAGCGGUCCAUAGAUCUUGCCGGCCUCUUGCCAAAUACUCUUUACACAAUCACCCUCUAUGGGAUAACUCGGGGCUACCAAACAAAACCCAUCUUUGUUGAAUCCACCACAGCGACAAAACCAGAAGUUGGAAACCUUACCAUUUGGGGCAUCACCCCAGAAAGCUUCAACCUCUCCUGGACGACCACUAAAGGAGACUUCGAGAUCUUUACCUUUGAAAUUAUUGAUUCUAACAGGUUGCUGGAGCCCAUGGAAUACAACAUUUCAGGCAAUUUAAGGACUGCUCGUAUCUCAGGGCUGUCCCCUCAAACCAAUUUCAUUAUCUACCUCUACGGAGUCACUCGUGGCCUCCGUACUCAGGCGUUAAGCGCAACUGCUACAACAGAAGCAGAACCUGAAGUGGACCAUCUUUUGGUGUCAGACACUACCCCAGAUGGUUUCCGUCUGUCCUGGACAGCAGACGAUGGAGCCUUUGACAGUUUUGUUCUUAAAAUCAGGGAUUCCAACAGGCUUUUAGACCCUCUGGAGUUAAUCAUACCAGGUCAUCAACGCACCCAAGAUAUAAAAGGGCUGAAAGAAGGCACCGAAUAUUAUGUAGAUAUCUAUGGAGUUAUCAAUGGACGGCGUUCCCAGCCUGUAAAUUCAAUUGCUAUGACAGCCGUGGGAUCACCGAAGGAAAUUGCUUUCUCAGAAAUAACUGAAAAUUCAGCGGUGGUGAGUUGGAAGGCUCCACUGACCCGGGUCAACAGCUUCCGAAUUUCCUACGCUCCAGAAACUGGAGAUGGCCCUAAAUCUGUGACAGUUGAUGGAAGCAAAAAUAGAAUCAAGCUAGUAGAGCUGGUCCCUGGGAUCCAAUAUAUUGUCACUGUUGUUGCUGUCAAAGGGUUUGAAGAAAGUGAUCCCAUCUCCGGAUCUCUGAUUACAGAAUUGGAUAGUCCAUCUGGGCUGAGGGUAGUGAACAUCACAGAUUCCAAAGCCUUAGCUGUUUGGCAACCAGCCCUCGCUGCAGUGGAUGAAUACCUGAUUUCCUACAUUGCAGAGGGAGAGACAGAAGUGAUGCAGAGGGUGUCCGGCAACACAGUGGAGUACAAUCUCCUUGGCCUUCGACCAGCGACUGAAUAUACCCUCGGGAUCCAAGCCAUCAAAGGCCUACAGAAAAGCAGGACCCUUUCUACCAAAUUCACUACAGGUCUUGAUGCUCCAAAAGCCCUGACUGCUUCUGAUGUCCAGUUUGAAACAGCCCUGCUCACGUGGAAGCCACCCCAGGCCUCUGUCACAGGCUACCUCCUGAUCUAUGAAUCCGCUGAUGGCAAAGUCAAGGAAGUGGUCCUGGGGCCUGAGUCCACCUCUUACAGCCUGGUGGACCUGAGCUCAUCCACUCAAUACAAGGCAAAGCUGCAGGCAUUGCACCAAACGCUAAAGAGCAACUUUAUCCAAACCAUGUUCACCACAACUGGACUUCUCUACCCUUACCCCAAAGACUGCUCCCAAGCCCUGCUGAAUGGAGAAACUGCUUCUGGACUCUAUUCAAUUUAUUUCAACGGCAAUCAGUCUCAGCCCGCUGAAGUGUAUUGCGACAUGACUUCUGAUGGAGGCGGAUGGAUUGUGUUUUUGAGAAGGCAGAAUGGCAAAGUAGACUUCUACCAGAAUUGGAGAACUUAUGAGAAUGGUUUUGGAGAUCCCAACAAUGAAUUCUGGCUAGGGCUGGAGAAACUUCACAAAAUCACCUCCCAAGGCCAGUAUGAGUUGAGGGUGGACCUGCGUGAUCACGGAGAGACUGCUUAUGCGCUCUACGAUAAGUUUACUGUGGGCGAUGCCAGGACGCGCUAUCGGAUGAAAGUAGAUGGUUACAGUGGCACUGCAGGUGAUUCCAUGACUUACCACAAUGGACGAGCCUUCUCAACCUUUGACAAGGACAAUGACUCAGCCAUCACAAACUGUGCCUUAUCAUACAAAGGGGCAUUCUGGUACAAAAACUGUCAUCGAGUCAACCUUAUGGGUCGGUAUGGGGACAACAGCCAUAGCCAG